CACCUCACUCAAAAGCCCAGCAGUUACGGAAGUGAGGUGUUGGUAUGGAAUAACUUACAGCUGCCCUGUGAGCUUAGUUGUCAUGUCGUGUCUGCUUGCUUUUUUCCCCCUCUCACUUGACUCCAGAUAAGCCUGUGAAUUCAGCCCUGACUUCCUCCAGAGGCUUUCCUGUGCUCAGACUGAAGACUGGCACCAUAGUUAGAUGACUCAGGUGUUCACUGGCAAAGAUCGCAUUGGACAAGCCAAGGCAGGAGACAGGUGCCACUGCCUGUUUACAUAUCUGGAUAUUGGUGGCGAGGAUCAAAACAAAGGACAGGAACCAGAAGGGACUGGCUCCAGAGAGAGACAGAGCCUAACCUGUUCCCCCAGCCAGGCUGGAGUGGUUUUGAUGGAGCCCCACACAGAUAAGCUGGAGUUCUUCCAAAAACUGGGCUAUAGCCGGGAGGGUGUUGUCAGAGUGUUGGCAAAGCUGGGCCAGGAGGCACUGGUGAAUGACAUCCUACGGGAGUUGAUCCAAAUGGGCAACCGACCUCAUGUUGAAGAAAGCUAUGGGGAGAGCUCUACUCCAAAACUUGUUGCACGAGGCUCCUCCGGUGGCACCGUGGACUUGUCCAGACGGCUUCUGGGUGCAGAUCCUGAAGACAAGUUGGAGGACCCUGGCAAUCAUCUGAGACCCAUUGUGAUCGAUGGAAGCAAUGUGGCUAUGAGUCAUGGAAAUAAAGAAACCUUUUCCUGCCGGGGAAUUCGGUUGGCUGUGGACUGGUUCAGGGAGAGAGGACACAACUACAUCAAGGUCUUUGUCCCAUCUUGGAGGAAGGAACCACCAAGAUCUGAUACCUCUAUUUCAGAACAGCAUAUCCUAGAGGAUCUGGAAAAGCAGGCAGUUCUGGUGUACACGCCGUCUCGCAAGGUCAAUGGUAAACGGGUGGUCUGCUACGAUGACCGCUACAUUGUGAAGGUAGCCUAUGAGAAGGACGGCAUCAUCGUUUCUAAUGACAACUAUCGGGACCUCCAGAGCGAGAACCCAGAGUGGAAGUGGUUCAUCGAGCGGAGACUCCUCAUGUUCUCCUUCGUCAAUGACAAAUUCAUGCCCCCUGAUGAUCCUCUGGGCCGCCAUGGACCAACUCUUAGUAAUUUCCUUAGCAAAGAGCCAAGGCUUCCACAGGCCUCCUGGCAGCGCUGCCCCUAUGGCAGGAAGUGUACCUACGGCAGUAAGUGUAAAUUCUACCACCCAGAGAGACUGCAUCAAAUCCAGCUGUCGGUGGCAGAUGAGCUUCGAGCCAAAACGAGGACCUUGCCGGGGUCAGAGGAGGAGCAGCUGAGACCCAGCUUCUUGAAGACUGGGCCAGUUCCCUCCCUGCCUCCCCCCAGCCUGAGCACAGAAGGACCAUGGAGUCCCAGGGGAAGCAUCAGUCACUACAGUAGCCACAGUAACAGCGGCCCAGGCUACAGUUGGACGGAGGAGAGAGUUCCUUCUAUGGACGGGAGCUUUAGGGGAACUCUGGCCAGGAACUGGGAGGAUUGUGCUCAGAAGAGGCAGGACCCUGAGAGUGGCUUUCCACACCACUACCAAGCAGGAGAUAUCAGGUUCUUGGAAAGCCAGUUUUCCCGAUUGGCAUUUAGUGAUGAUUUGUAUGGCUGUGGCUUGCAUACUGGUAUCACAACUUCCAGCAUCCAGAGUGGGAUGAACAAUUUAUACCAGGGCUGCAAUCUCAAUCAUUCCAGCUGCCAUGGCCACUUCAGGCCUCAUCAGCACAGCGUGGACUGUAGUUGCUUGAGGAGUGAUCAUUUCCAAGAAGGGGCCACUCUGACUCCAUAUGCUUGCAGACAUCUGACAGUCAGAGGGUCUUAUUAUAAUAGUACCAGGAAGCCAGACCCAGUCCCUCAGAAGACUUUUGCCUCUAGUAACCACCCAUCCAAAGCAGACCUACAGCAGCCCCACCAGCAGGCUGUAUACUGCUCUCACACUCCCACUGGGGAUCCAUUUCCCCAUGCCACCCAGUCCGAUGAGACCUGGAGUAUAGAGCAAGGACCGAAGGAACCACCUGGUCCACCCUUCUGGGGGGACUCCAGCUGGGGAAACUGUCGUUUCAGGAAAGCAGAUAGUUAUCUACACUCUUCUGAAUAUAAAUACCCCACCGUGGAUUCAGCCAUUGGAGAACAAGCCCACAUUCGGACAGCCCUCUAUAACAUCUUCCCGCAGGAUGAGGUAGACCAAGUCAUGUCCUUGUUUCCCAACCUUGUGGAUAUCCCUAGUCUGAUAUUACUCAUUGAGAAAAACCGUCGGCUUUGUCCAUGAGUUGGAAGCCUCUGAGAAGUCAGUGCAAAGCAUAUGCCCUGGGUAUCCCUAGAAUCCUUGGGACUGUGAAGUUCUGGAGGCUAGAGCUGCAAACUUACUGAAAGCAACUCACAGUUGCGCAAUUGACAUUUCCUAUUGGCUGGUCCGGGCCCCUUGUCUCUGGGCAGGGUGACGUCUAAGCUUUCCCAAUGCACAUGGAGAUCAGGUCGAGGAAGACAAGGAAAGAUAUUCCAUGAUUUAGUCACACUCCUGCUGCCUUUGGCCUGUUUCCUGAACGAAGGUCACAAAGUCUAAGAGGUGGAAAAGACUUCAGAGGUCCCCUAGUCUGAGCCUCCACCCGAGCAGGAAUCCAAAAGAGAUUUGCUAUGUUUUUUGCGGGGCAGAGGCAAUUGGGGUUAAGUGACUUCCCCAGGAUCACACAGCUAGUACAUGUCUAAGACAGGAUUUGAACUCAGGUCCUCUUGACUCCAGGGCUGGUGCUCUUAUGUACUGUACCACCUAGCUGCCCUUAGGAUUUCCUAUUAAUAAAUAAGCAUUCAGAUUUUGCUUGAAGAUCUCUACUGAGUGGGGAACCAACCUACUACUUCUCAAGGCAGCCCAUUCCACUUUGGAAUGGAACAGAUUUGGAGCAGAUUUUAUUGUUAGGAAGUUUGGGGGGUUUUACUGUUGUUUUUUAUCCCAUGGGGCCAAGAAGAAUAAAUGUAACCCAGGGAUUCUUUUCCUGGGUUCUGUGAACUUAGAAAAACAUUGUUUUUGUGAUUAUUUGCAUAUAAUUGGUUUCCUUUGCAAUUCUUAGGGUUUUUUUUUUAAAUUUAUGCAUUUAAAAACAUGGUUUUGAGAAGGGAUCUCUGUGUUUCAUUGGACUACCAAAAGGACACAAUAAAGAUUAAGAACCUUCUAUCUAGUCCCUCUUCUAUGUGAUAGCCCCUUAAGUACAUGAAGAAAGCUACAGAACAGUAGGAGUACUGAUUUAGAGCUGGAAUGGACCAACCUUCUUAUUUUACAUGUGAGGAAACUGAGGCACAAAGCAGUUAAAGUGGCUUGCCCAAAGUCACACAAAUAGAAAGGACAGUGCCAGGGUUCCAACCCAAGGUGUCUGAUACUAAAUCCAGCACUCUCUACUAAACCAUGCUGCCUCAACGUCUCCUUCUAAGGCUCUUCUUCUCAAGGCUAAAUAUCCCCUCUUCCCAUUCCUUUAGUCUUCUUAUGACAUGACUUUUCAAACUUUCAUCAUCCUGGUUGCCCUUUUCCAGAUGUGUUCCAGCUUUUCUAUGUCCUUAAAAUAUGGCACCUAUCAUAGAACAUCCAGCCUUCCAUGUGAAACCUGGCCAGGGCAGAGAAUAGAAAUGCAAUCCCCUCCCUCAUUUGGGACAUUCUUCUUUACUGUAGCCCUUAGUAGCAUAUCGUUAGGAGAUAAUGGUAUCCUACCAUCCUUUACCUAGAGGUGAAAUAGAUACAGCUUGGAGUCAGGAUGGACCUGAGUUCAAAUCUAGCUUGAGACGCUUAACUGGUUAUAUGACUCGCUCUCAGCCUCAGUCUUCCUCAUCUGUAAAAUGGGGAUGAUAACAGUCCCAUACCUCCCAGGGGUUGCUGUGUGGAAUAAAUGUGAUAGUGAGUUUAAAGUGUUUUGCAAACCUUAAAAUGAAGUACAAAUGCUAGCUAUUACUUUUGACUGAGAGUGAAUUUGCAGGCCACAGAGAUUUGUCACACACACCCGAAGGUGAAUACAGGCCAAAUCCCAUUCCAGCAAACACCAAGAGACAGUCCAGAUGUUUUCCUUGCCCUGGAAUCUUAUUUUUAUUAAAUAUUGUUUUAUUGUACAGAAAUUCUACUUUAUUUGCUAUUUUCUUGUUGCUGACCAGGGUGACUU